UAAGAAAUUUGCGAAAGAAAGCUUUCAUCGCGUUCUCUUCGUUCAUAGGAGAGGACUUCGAAGCUCGGCCGACACUGAGAGUCGACGUGUUUUCUGCCAGCUGAUGAUUCAGUCUCCCGAACGCAUAGGAAUCAUUCGGAAGUUCCAAUUUCUGAAUCCUCGUCAUGGAAGAGUUCCGGAAAGCCAUAUUACAAACGGCGCCACCAGAAAAUUUUGCUCUGCAGACAGUUCAAGAUGUUAUCAAACCUCAGAAGCUCACAAAAUUGGCACAAGAUGAAAAUCAGUUGCUGGAGAAUAUUCUAAGGCGAUUACUUCAAGAAUUGGUGUCAUCUGCAGCUCAGUCAGCGGAGCCAAUAAUGCAGUAUGGGAUGUCUAUUGAUGACAAUGAAACUGCUCAGGGUCAUAUUCCGCGUCUUCUAGACAUUGUUCUCUAUCUUUGUGAGAAAGAGCAUGUCGAAGGAGGUAUGAUAUUCCAGCUGUUGGAGGAUCUGACUGAAAUGUCAACAUUGAGGAACUGCAAAGAUAUUUUUGGUUACAUUGAGAGUAAACAAGAUAUAUUGGGAAAGCAAGAGCUUUUUGCUCGUGGAAAACUUGUCAUGUUGAGAACGUGCAAUCAAUUGCUUCGCCGUCUAUCAAAGGCAAGUGAUGUGGUGUUUUGUGGACGCAUUCUGAUGUUUCUAGCACAUUUUUUCCCUUUAUCUGAACGUUCUGCUGUGAAUAUAAAAGGAGUGUUCAACACCUCCAAUGAAACAAAAUAUGAGAAAGAACCCCCAGAUGGCUUUUCUAUUGAUUUCAACUUUUACAAGACCUUUUGGAGUUUACAGGAAUACUUCUGUAAUCCUGCCUCCCUUACUCUUGCUUCAACAAAGUGGCAAAAGUUCACAUCGAGUUUAGCGGUUGUGUUGAAUACCUUUGAUGCACAACCUUUGUCCGAUGAAGAGGGAGAUGCUAACAUGUUGGAGGAGGAGUCAGCAACCUUCAGCAUAAAAUAUCUUACUAGUAGUAAACUGAUGGGUUUAGAAUUAAAGGAUCCAAGUUUUCGACGCCACGUUCUUGUGCAGUGCCUUAUAUUGUUUGAUUAUCUAAAGGCCCCAGGAAAGAAUGAGAAAGAUGUUCCAUCUGAAACCAUGAGAGAAGAAAUUAAAUCUUGCGAGGAGCGUGUGAAGAAGUUGCUUGAGGUGACACCGCCAAGAGGGAAAGAAUUUCUUCAGAAGAUUGAGCAUAUAUUAGAACGUGAAAAUAAUUGGGUGUGGUGGAAACGUGAUGGUUGCCCUCCUUUUGAAAAGCAACCAAUUGAAAAGAAAACCACCCAUGAUGCAACUAAAAAACGUAGGCCAAGGUGGAGAUUAGGGAACAAAGAACUCUCUCAAUUGUGGAAGUGGGCUGAUCAGAAUCCGAAUGCUUUGACUGAUCCUCAACGUGUCCGCACUCCUGCAAUUUCUGAGUAUUGGAAACCCUUGGCAGAGGAUAUGGACGAGUCUGCUGGAAUUGAAGCGGAAUACCAUCAUAAAAGUAACCGAGUUUAUUGCUGGAAAGGCCUUCGAUUUUCAGCUCGGCAGGACUUGGAAGGAUUUUCUCGAUUCACCGACCAUGGCAUUGAAGGAGUCGUGCCUUUGGAACUCCUGCCACCUGAUGUACGAUCCAAAUACCAAGCUAAACCAAAUGAGAGAUCUAAACGUGCUAAGAAGGAAGAAACGAAAGGGGCCGUGCGUCAAGCUGAAGAAAAUCAGAUGGCAACACCAGCUAGUGAGAAUGAUGGUGAAGGAACCAGAAGUGACCCUGAUGGACCAUCAGUGGCGAUGGAUGCCGAUACAACCGUUGCUGCUGGCAGUGUAUCUCAAGGCGGUACUCCAACUCCAGAAGAAAAUAAACAAAGCUCCGACACCGAUAUUGGUCAAGAGGCAGGCCAGUUGGAGGCCGAUGCCGAGGUAGAGCCGGGUAUGAUCGAUGGCGAGAUAGAUGCAGAGGUUGAUUUGGAUACUGCAGGUUGAUUAGUGCGGCAGCCCUUUUAAUAUCUAGCAAGUGAUUCUUAAAGUGCUGUUUUGUUUGGCUGUUUCGGCUGCUACAAGACUGCUCAUGCAGUCGAGUUGAGGGCUCUUAAUGUCUAAUUAACAAAUUUCAGGAUUACUAGACCAGGAAGAGUUCAGAUUAUCAGAAUAGAUUAUUUUGUUACUUAGUUGAACAGUAUGAGAGGAACAUAAUUUAUUACAGCCAAAAUUUUCA